CAACCCGUGUGCUGCUGGGCCUCUGGCUUUGGUGUGAAGCAGCGCUUCGUUCUCCACUCGUGUCUCCUUCUGUCCGAUCAGUAAAUCAGGUGAGUUAAAGUGAAACUUCCCACCUGAGCUGCUCGGGUAACAUCUAGUGCAGAUUCUGGACUCAUCAAUCUCUGGGUUUCUCCUCCAGUCUCCUGAUUCUGUACAGCUCUCAGAAUGAAACCGGAAUCCAGACGGAGCUCCAGAGGAAAAACUCCACACACUCCUGAUGAUACUGGGUCAAAGAUGCAUCAAUGCUCAGAUUGUGGGAAGAGUUAUACCAAAAGAUAUAUCAAAAUUCACCAGCGGAUUCACACAGGAGAGAAGCCGUAUGAGUGUUCACAGUGUGGGAAGAGUUUUACUCGUAAAACUUAUCUCCAACGACAUGAGCGUGUGCACACAGGAGAGAGGCCGUAUCACUGUGGACAAUGUGGGAAGAGUUUUACUAGUAAAAGUCAUGUCCAAGGGCAUGAGCGUAUCCACACAGGAGAGAGGCCGUAUCACUGUGGACAAUGUGGGAAGAGUUUUACUCGUAAAAGUCUUGUCCAAGAGCAUGAGCGUAUCCACACUGGAGAAAAGCCGUAUCACUGUGAAGAAUGCGGAAAGACUUUUACUCGUAAAAGUAAUGCCCGAGAGCAUAAACGCACCCACACGGGGGAGAAGCCGUAUCACUGUGAACAAUGUGGGCAAAGAUUUACUCACCUAAGGACAUUCCAAGAUCAUCAAUAUAAUCAUACAGGACAGAAACGUUAUCACUGUGGACGUUGUUUACAGGGCUACAACUGGUUAAAUUCAUAUAAGAAACAUAAAUGCCCUGGUAUAAAACCAUGAGAUUUUGUUGUGUCAAAUGGAAAUUUGUUGUUUAUCAAAUAAAACUUUAUUGUUUACUGUCAAA